AUGGCCGACAAGCGAUCAUACUUCGAUUUGAAGAACAAUAUUGAAUGGAAUAUUGUCGAGUUCCAUCGGUUUUUCAUAGAAAAAAACAAAUAUAGACAGGAAAAACUUGAAAAGGCAAUAACGCUUCAAGAAACAGCUAAGGCCGUGGCCAUAUCAACGGUUUGGAUAUCUACGACUACGCGGGAAUUCUGCUUGAUGCCCCGUUAUGAUUCGAUGAGUGACGAUCGUCGACGUCGAAAAGGAGGAGUCUUAGAUACAGUUUGGACAUCUGUUGAAGUCGAAUUAAAAGAGAAGUUAAAAGAUCUUCAGGUACUCGUGAGAAAUAUUAUUGCCAUUGAAUCUAAUAGAGCUUACACUUGA